AUGGUGGAUAGUCGUCUUUCUCGGCAGAAUGCAAUUGACAUAUCUGAUUCGCUAGCGAAUUUGUCGCUUUUACAAGAUAACAAACCAUCAUCACUAACCAAUAGUCCUAAAAAUCGACCGACUAGCAGUACUCGCAGUCGACAAUUAUGGAAUCUCGCGAUCGAUGGUGUACUCAAUCAUGAAAAUGUUUCUUCUACUACCGAACAGAAACCAGUUGGCUGGUACAAUCUAGCAAAACGUGCCAUGCAACUCAACACUAGUCCAAUCCUAGCGCCUGCCGCUAGUCCAGUGAUACAUCGAGACAACUGGCAACAGCGACGAUACAAUUUUCUCAGUAAAAAUAGUAUGUUCGCUGGCGAAUUGAAAAAUGAAGUGGUGAACGAAAUAGGCACAGAAACCGAACAAAGACCGAUUAUGAACGCAUCACAAAUGAAACCAUCGAGUAGCAUGGAAUCAGAUGGUUCGAAUGCCAAGCGCGAGUCAGUAUUGGGAAUGGCUGUGUCAGGUGUUCGUAAUUUUCUAGUCGAAACGGAUAAAGAAGAACCAAUGAACGAGAAUGAGAUAUCACUGAAAAAUAUUGUUCUAACUAAACCUAAAGUCGAUGAGUCAACUAAGAUGGAUGAAUAUGACACGAAAGAUAAACACCUGUGCACAAAGUAUACGCAAACUGAUAAUGAUCUUUCUUCAAUACCUAAAGCUAAAUUCGUUCGACCUCGUCUGUUGAAUAAAAUUUUUCUUCGGAAACAACCUCGAUCGAAGAAAUUAGUGGAUAUUCAACAAUCCUAUCGAUGCCAUCGUCCUUAUUUUACAUACUGGGUGACAUUUGUACAAAUCUUUGUUUGUAUUGUUUCUUUGAUUGUCUAUGGCUAUGCGCCAUUAACAUCGACACAAUCGAAAAAGACAUCCAUUUUCGAACAUCAACGACAAGACUUGACAAUGAACCCAUGGUUUGGCCCGUAUCCUGCUGAUUUAAUUCGUUUAGGGGCACAAUAUACUCCAUGUAUGCGACGGCACGAUGAAGUUGAGGGUCGAUAUGAAAAACAAGCGAGAUUAGAAAGUAUGUCGGGCUGUUGUAUCGAUUCAACGACAGGUCGAUGUAUGCAAACCAUUUCACAACAAUGUUUGCCACGAGCAGGUUUAGUUUGGCAUCGGUUUGCGACCAAAAGUAAAAGUUUGAGAGAUCAACAUAAUGUUAUCUAUCCAGCUGUUUGCGGACUAACACCAGAAAUUUGUACGAAACAAUCAGUUGGAAAUAUACCACGUGAAGAUGAUAGAUCAUGGGCAUCGACCGUCGUUGAUUCAAAAGUUUUGAAAUGGUCUUCGAAUGCUGCCAAAUGGCCAGUCUGUCUGAAGCAAGAUCAUAGUCGAAUUGCAGGCAAUGCAUCACUUUAUCCGCAUAUGCAAUGUAUAAAUCUUGCAAGACCGUGCUGUACGGGAGUACUGGGAAGUUGUCUAUUGACGUCAAAAGAUGAUUGUCAACGUCGACGUGGAAUAUUUCAUCCACGCGCUCAUCUCUGUUCCCAAGUUGAUUGCAUACAAAGUGUUUGUGGAAUGUUAGAAUUCUUUGUCGUUCGUGUUCCUGAUCAAGUUUAUCGUUUCUGGACAGUUAUUUUCAUUCAUGCUGGUUUGAUUCAUCUACUAAUUACUAUCAUAUUUCAAUAUUUAAUUAUGCGUCCAUUAGAGAAAUUAGCCGGUUGUAUUCGUGUUAUGAUCAUUUAUGUGGUCUCUGGUUUCGUGGGUAGUUUAGCAAGUGCGUUGUUUUUACGCGAUUCCAUUCAAGUUGGACCUGGCGGUGGUCAAUUAGCUAUUCUUGCUUGUUAUUUAAGUGAAUUGUUUCUCGGUUGGCGUUCAUUAAAACGACCUUGGGUUCCAUUUUUCAAAAUUCUCAUAUGUUCAAUACUUCUCCUUACUGUCGGUCUACUUCCAUUAGUUGAUAAUUAUUCUCAAUGCUUUGGUUUUCUGAUUGGUUUUCUGUUGAACAUGAUCGUUUUUCCCGAUGUUAGUUUUCGAAAAAACAUUCGCCGACUGGUAGUUGUAAGCACAUCGCUAGCGCUGACGAUCGCACUAUUCAUUUCGUUGAUUGUACUUUUUUAUACCAUUCCCUUCAAAUGUUCAUCGUGUAAAUUUUUGAGUUGCCCAUCCGGGGAAAUCUGUAAUAGCGAAAAACGCGAUCUGAACUAA